AUGCACAAACCUAAUAUUUUAUCAUUUACUAGAGAUGAAACUCCAAAACCAUCUAUAAAUAGAGAAAGACAUGUUAAUCGUUAAAUGGCUAUAAGUGUUGAUUCACCAAAAGAGUUUUAAUUUAAACAUGUCAAAGUAGAAGAUAUCCUCUUUAUUAAACCAUCUGAUGCUGCCAUACAAUAAGGUAAAUUUUUAUCAAGUAAAGACUUAAGAUUUGUAAUAUAAAAGAAUUAAAUGGUAUGGUAAAGCUGUUAAUCUAUAACAUGAUCUUUAAAUUACCUUAAGACCCAAUUUAAGUUAAUUACAAGAUAAAAAAGUUAAUGAAUCUAUUCAAGAAUCUGAGGAUCGUAUAAUAAGACUGAGAUCAACUAAAUGUAGAUUCAAUGAUAAAAUCUCUAAUAGAUCCUAUGAACUUGAUCUUAAUGGUAGAUAUUUAGAUUAAAAAUGUGCAUUCUAAGAAAACUAUACACUCUAUUCCAAAUAAUCCUUUAAACUUAAAACAGGAAUGUUUGAACAAUUCAAAAAUGCUUAACUUCUCUAAAAAAGAGGUAAUCAAUAUGAAUAUUUACUUUAAAAACCAAAACCAACAUAUUAUAAUGAUAGUAAAUAAAAAAGUUAUAGGACUUCAAAAAAUAAACCUAAUUUACUUAAUCAAACAGAUAAUACAAUUGCUACAUUAAUAGAUACUCCAAUUAAAUAUUAGAAUGAAUUAAAUCUUAAAAUUGCUCGAAAUUAAAUUCUUCAAUCACUCGAAUAAUAAAAAAGAAAGAGAGCUAUUUCAGAAAAUUGA